AUGUGUGGUCAGGGUAAAAACCGGCCCGGACCUGUGGCCAUGUUUACGUUACUGCUUGUACUCGUCAACGUCCAAGCCGGUUUCGGGUCAUCGUCAGAAACGGGCGGCGGUGGUGGAGAAGUCGACGAGGGGUCGUACUUGCCGGGUGGCGACACUCUCAUGCACCCGGUGACGGCGUCCAGUCUGGACGCUCCCGUCCAACUUCCGAUAUUUCUCGAAGAGCCGAUGGACGCGUACGUGAUCAAAGGUAAACCAGCCGCCCUCACUUGCAGGGCUGCGCACGCGCUGACCGUGCACUUCCGGUGCAAUGGCGACCGGAUAGAAGACUCUAUGGGUCCCGCGGUCACGGACUUCGUGGACCCGCAGACCGGCGUCCGGAACGUGGAGGCAAUCGUCAAUGUCACCAGGAACCACGUGGAGGAGUAUUUCGGAAAGCACAACUACCAAUGCCAGUGCGUGGCGUGGACUUCGCGCGGCGAGAUUAUCAGCAGACCAGCCAACGUGGUCGUGGCUUACCUGAAGAAGCCUUUCACGUCCGUACCGUAUUCGGUGAGUGUGGAAACGGACCGAAACGUUGAGCUCCGAUGCCUGCCACCGGACGGCGUCCCACCACCCCGAGUGUACUGGCUACGGAACAACGUGGCCAUCGAGCCGGACAACAACAUGAUCGUGUCCAGCGAGGGAAACCUGUUGAUCGGCCAGGCCAGACUGCAGGACACGGCCAACUACACAUGCGUGGCCGAGAACGUGGCGGCCAAGAGGCUCAGUGAUCCGGCUCUGCUCACAGUUUACGUGAACGGAGGCUGGUCGCCGUGGUCGCAGUGGUCCGAAUGCAGUUCCCGGUGCGGCAAAGGGCAACAGAAAAGGACAAGAGUGUGCAACAACCCAGUGCCGCUGAAUGGGGGUAAACCCUGCCCCGGGCCGGCCGUGAAUAAGGCCGAAUGCACUUCCAUCUGUCCGGAUGGCGAAUACAGUGACACCGUGGCCGAAGAAGCAAUUGACGGUCAUUGGUCGGCGUGGUCAUCGUGGUCACCCUGUGGUCCUGAUUGCCGUCAUCAUCGAACCAGGUCUUGCACGUCGCCGAGCCCCUCGAAUGGCGGGCGAUACUGCGUGGGUCGGGACGCUUUGACCGGAAACUGUUCAGGAGGAUCUUGUAUCGGUGGCAGAGAUGACCCUGUGAAUUAUGAUGAUGAGCAAUUCACCGAGGAAGCUGCUACCAAAUCGGUAGUGGAGACCGAUGUGGCCCUGUACGUGGCACUCAUAGCCGCCUCCGUGCUGCUGGCUGGCAUGGUCCUGUUGUUCCGGCUGUACAAGAACAAAGGCCGCGAUCACAGCAUGUACAACAUGGCCAACUCGGAUUUCCAACCGGAAUUCUUCCCGGACCAAGAGAAAAAGACUUACUCUCUGGAGUGCCAUUCGCGGAACGGUGGCUGCAACCAUUUCCAGCAGACGCAACCGGACCUGACCAGGACCGUGGUAGUGGUGCCGUCGUGCUACGAGUACCCGUUCACCAACGACCAGAACGCGUACAGCUUGACCAGGUCUUGUUCAGAACACCAUUAUGACGUGCCCCAUCACAAUGGUGGCGGCGGUGGCGGUGCCAGUUCGACGGUUACCACGGCCAUCAUGGCGCCGCCGGUCCCGUCCGUGGCCCCCGACAGUCCGAAUGCGCUCACGUCUAGUCCCGAGUCCAGUCACAGCUUGACCAGCUACACUUGUUCGAGCAAAUCCCAGUCGGACUCUAGUGGCGUGGCGUGCCAUUGCAAGGACUAUUUGUGGAUGAAGGAGACUGCCGUGACGUCGACUGGUUGCCGUUUGGAGUGCAAAGAGUACGGGUUGUCGCUGACCAUUCCCGAAGGGGCCGUCGCUAAGUCUCAAAAAGAACCCGUACUGUUUGCCUUGUUACAGGACGAGUACAAGCCGAUACUCUCCGAUGGACAAACGCAGCUAAGUCCGGCGGUGAUGUGCGGACCUAACGGGAAGAGCUUCAAGAAGCCAGUGAUCGUCGGAAUGCGACACUGCGCCAGUCUGAUGCAAGGGCCCUGGGUGAUUUCGGUGCUAAGUUGCGACAUGCCUCUAGGCGCUAAACCCAAAUGGAAGAAAAUUCUGACAUUGGGAGAGGAAACGAUCAACACAUCGGUGUUUGUGCAAAUGGACGCUGAACACGUGUAUUUGAUGAGCGAAACGCUGUCAAAGUUUGUGUUGGUCGGCGAACCUGACGUGACGGUGGUCAGCAGUCCGCCCGCGAAGACGCUUAAAGUGGCCUUGUUUGGAUCGCUGAACCGGAAGUUCAAAUACGACAUCCGGGUUCAUGUGGUCGACGACAACGGCGUAGCUUUAGAGAGGCUGAAACACCAAGAGCGCAGCGUCAGCGGAGGCGUGAUGCUGGAUAAGUCCAAGUCGAUGUGCUUUCAAGAGGGUGGCGGCAACCUGGUGAUUACCAUGGACGAUAUUGGCACCAAUUGGAGGAGUAAACCCCAAGAUAACUACAAGGAGAUCCCGUUCCAGACCCUGUGGAACUCGGGAGGCCUGGCUGUGUUCUCGCUGGAACCAUACGAACAACAGUACCCGGACUCGUGGGUGAACGUUUCCUGUCGGGUGUGUGUGUCGCAGACGGCGGCCACCGGUUCGCUGCGAAACGUCAAGCACACGUUCAAGGUGAACCAGGACCCGAACAGCCUGUCGUCCGUCGGCCACCAACCCAGACAGCCGAGGACUGUGACCAGCACCACGGGCAGCGGAUCGAGCGUCACGUCGUGCGAUCCAACGCCAUUUCGAUUUGGUAAAGUCUUACGUAAGCAACUCUGUCAAUGUUUAGAUCCACCAAAUUCUAGGAGCAACGACUGGAGGAUGUUGGCCCAACGGCUCUCCAUGGACAGGUACAUUAACUAUUUCGCGGUCAAGCCCAGUCCCACCGACCAGAUACUGGACCUGUGGGAGGCCAGGCACAGGGAGCCCACGUCAGUCACGGACCUGUUGAACGUGCUGAGGCUGAUGGGCCGCACGGACGCCGCCUCCCUGCUGGAACGCGAACUCGGCCCGUGGCUGUGA